UUCACUGCUCAAGAACUUUCCCAGUACGACGGCACCAAAGCUGAUGCCCCCAUUUACGUCGCUGUCAAGGGAACUGUCUUCGAUGUCUCUUCCAAGAAGGAAAUGUAUGCCCCUGGAGGAAAAUACCACGUCUUUGCUGGAAAAGAUGCAUCCAAGGCCCUUGGGAAAAGCUCCGUCGAUCCUGCAGACUGCACUGCAGACUACAGUGAAUUGGAUGAGAAGGAGCUCAAGGUUUUGAAUGACUGGGUUGCUUUCUUCGAGAAGCGUUACCCUAUUGUUGGCAAG